AUAAGCUCAUAAUUUUGUUGGUUUUCCUUCUCCUUCGGUUUUUUUCUUCCUCCAAGUUCAUAUCGAAACUGCUCCCAUGUUCUUCUUUAGUUCAUAUCGUUUUUACCAUCAUAAGAAGAUUUAGGUUUUUUAUUCCUCUUUCAAGUUAAUUUCUCCCCAAAUUCCAUCAAUUCGAUCGCAAAUCUUUCGUGGCUCUUUUUCGUAUUUCGAUUGACUUUUUAAUAUCAAUUUUCUGUUUUUUUUCUUCAGUUGUAGACUUGUAGUUCAUCUUAGGGCAACUGGUGAUGCUCCAAUACUUAAACAAGCCAAGUUCAAGGUGCUUGAUUCUGGUUCUGGUCGAGCUGGUUUGUGGAUUUCAAACAGGUUGGGACAACAUUGACAUGACUAUAUCUUUUUGAAGGUUAACUGAGAAGUUGGGGUUUAUUUGAAUCACUUGAAUUGAUAUUUGAAAGGAGAAAUUGUCUUUGUCGAAAUGGAGGAUACGUUGUUUUUCGACAGACUGAUCAGCAAUCUUCGCUCAACUAGCAAGUAUUACACUGGUUAUCCAAAGGAUCUUGGGCCUUCUAAAAUUAUUUCCUUCACGUCAGAGCGUGAAUUUGUACAACUUCUGCACGAAGGUCAGCCUGUGGCGGUUGCAUUUACAAUCAAAUGUCCUUUCACCAAGCAUUUUGACAAAGUAUUGGAGGAAGCUGCAUCGAAGUUUCAUCCACACGUAAAGUUUAUGCGUGUUGAAUGUCCUAAGUAUCCUGGAUUCUGUAUAACUCGUCAGAGGAAAGACUAUCCUUACAUCGAGAUAUUUCAUAGUCCACAACAACAAGAAGCUAACCCAGGAAAGGCUUCUGAUGCAAAUACAACAAAAUAUGCAGUUAAAGUUCUCCCUUUCAAUUACGAUGUUAGUACAUAUGGGUUCAGGGAGUUCUUCAAGCGACAUGGAAUUCAAUCUUCAGAACCAAAAUGAAGAACUUGGGUGUGGAAAAAAUGCUUAUAUUUUCGUGGCAGUUUACUCAUCUUGGAUAAUAUAUUAAGAUUUAAUUACAUUUAAGUCAAGAUUGUCUGUUUUUGGAAACCAAAGUUGUGCUGUUUCAGAUCUGGCACUUGGACCUUUAGGGAACACUGUCUGAUGAUUAACCAGGAAAUCCAGUUGUAUAAUAAAUCAGGAAUACAAACGGCUUUGCAAAUUGAAGUCCAUAUAAGUGGAGUAUGUCCCAGCAGAGCAACAUCAUGAACCCUGUUACAGAAGGAAUAGAAAUGACGAGAAAGAAGCUAAAACAACACGAGAACAUAACCCAGAGAGCAAUUUGUUUUUGGUGCCACCACAUUUCUGUUCAACAAUCCGUGGUUAAUAACUUGUUUCGAGUGUAUGUUUUUUUUUUCUUCUUCUUCGUCUUGUUUUCUCAUUUUUACAUGUAUGUCAUUUAUGUAGUUUCUAGAUUAUGUUUGCUUCUGGAAAGUACAAUAGUUCUAUCAUGUUAUCAAAUACGCCAUAAAAAUAAUAACUUAUACAGGAAAGAUCAUUAAUGGAGAUCCAACUCACUUAGGUCUUGCUUUUUCUCA